AUGUACGUUCAGGAGUUACUUAGGGUGUCGCAUGGGCCGCGCACCACAAAGAAGAAAUGGAUGCUCGUUGAUAAGUUGAUUGAGACUUGGCUGUGCGGGAAGUAUUCCUGCGUUCGCAAUUACCUAGAUCCGGCUCUCUUUUCGGAUCCUUUGGAGAAUGACCGAUUCUGGGAAUGGAUAGGCAAUGCUAGGCGCUGGUGGGGGACACUCGAUGAAAUGCUGCUGAUUGCUUUGGCGACUUGUGCUAUUGUCAGGGGUGAUGUGGUCGGAUUACAGGCUGUUAUAGACCAGUGCAAGGAAAUGCCGGAGAUUCGUUCUGUCGAAUUUUUGGAGAAUAAGGGUGGUUGA